AAGCUCGGACAAUCGUUGGCUUCAGGUGUUAAUUAUUUGGUUUAUAAUGAUCGUUGAAGAAUAAUGAAGAAAGGAACUAAGAAACUGGGGAAGUAUGAGAUUGGGCGAACAAUUGGCCAAGGAACAUUCGCCAAAGUUAAGUUUGCAAAGAAUACUGACACCGGAGAGAGCGUGGCCAUUAAAGUUUUGGCGAAACCCACCAUUCUCAAGCACGGGAUGGUUGUUCAGAUUAAAAGAGAGAUAUCCGUAAUGAAGAUUGUUAAACAUCCUUACAUAGUUAGGUUGCAUGAGGUAUUGGCAAGUAAGACAAAGAUAUAUAUUAUUCUUGAGUUUGUUAGUGGAGGAGAGCUCUUUGAUAAAAUUGUUCACUGUGUAAGACUUUCUGAGAAUGAAUGUAGGCUAUACUUUCAACAGCUUAUUGAUGCUGUUGCUCAUUGUCACAGUAAGGGUGUUUAUCACAGAGACCUAAAGCCUGAAAAUCUUCUUCUCGACUCUUCUGGAAAUUUGAAGGUUUCUGACUUCGGACUGAGUGCAUUACCCCAGCAAGGAGGCAGACUUCUCCACACGACGUGUGGAACCCCAAAUUAUGUUGCACCAGAGGUGCUCGGCAAUGAGGGUUAUGAUGGUGCGGCUGCUGAUGUGUGGUCUUGUGGAGUCAUUCUCUUUGUUAUAAUGGCUGGGUAUCUCCCAUUUGAUGAGAUAGACCUUCCAACCUUGUACAAGAAGAUUAGUGCUGCCCAGUUUUCUUGUCCAUUUUGGUUUUCUCCUGGGGCAAAAUCAUUGAUACAAAAGAUCCUUGACCCCAAUCCUAAAACCCGUAUUCAAAUUGAGGGAAUUAAAAAAGAUCCAUGGUUCUGCAAGCAUUAUGUGCCUGUGAAACCUAGAGAAGAAGAAGUGAAUUUGGAUGAUGUCCUUGCAGUUUUUAAUGAUAUUGAGGACCAAUAUGUAUCUGAGCAGCCCUUAGUCAAUCAGGGGGGUCCCUUGAUAAUGAAUGCAUUUGAGAUGAUUACGCUAUCCCAAGGCUUGAAUCUAUCUGCAUUAUUUGACAGGCAACAGGAUUAUGUAAAACGGCAAACUCGUUUUGUAUCACGCAAACCAGCUACAGUUAUAAUCUCAAGUGUUGAAGCUGUUGCUGAAUCAAUGGGACUGAAGGUUCACACACGUAAUUACAAGACAAGACUUGAGGGAAGAUCUGCAAAUAAGCAGGGACAAUUUGCAGUGGUCCUGGAGAUUUUUGAAGUUGCGCCGUCACUGUUCAUGGUAGAUGUUCGAAAAGCUGCUGGAGAUACUCUUGAAUAUCACAAGUUCUACAAGAAUUUCUGUAGUAAGCUAGAAAGUAUCAUCUGGAAACCAACGGAGGGUCUUAACAGAAAUCCCAGUUUCUUUAGAACAAUUACUUACUGAUCCAUUUUAAGUGGACAUUAUGCAAAAUCAGUUACAUGCUAACAGGCCGAAGGAAGCAAUUCCUCUUCAGCUAAGCUUUUUCGACAUGUCGUGCUGCUAUGAAGUUGUCUGCUGCGCACACAUUGGUUUCCAGGUUUUCCUUUCCAGAUGAAAGCUCUUGAGAAUAUAUUACUAGCCAUGGUUAUCUGUAGGCUUUUCUUUUCAUCCAAUUCCUUUCCUUUGCUUCUCCCAUUGAAACACAGGUCCAGAAGACUUGGGUUUUAAGUGUUAAUGCCUUGCUGCUGUACUCGGUGUAUGGUAUUUGUAUAAUAAUAACAGAAUAAUGCUCCAUCUUCAUUGUUCAUGCUGCAAAUGGAGCCUCUUCUUACUUC